UAGAGGCACCUGCGCAUGCAGGUGGCUGCGGCAGCCACGAUGAACACCCUAAAGAAGGCGGCGGCCGGCGGGGACGAGCUCGCAGGACUAUUGGGUCUGGUACCAGACCUCCUGGAAGCUGCCAACUCAAGUGUCAACGGGUCGCUGCAGCUACAGGACUUGUGGUGGGAGCUGGGGCUGGACCUGCCGGACGGCGCGCCCGCCGGCAGUGUCGCGGCGGAGAGCGCGGACACCGAAGCGCGGGUGCGGAUCCUUAUCAGCGCGGUGUACUGGGUGGUUUGCGCGCUGGGGCUGGCGGGCAACCUGCUGGUGCUGUACUUGAUGAAGAGCAAGCAGGGCUGGCGCAAGUCCUCCAUCAACCUCUUCGUCACCAACCUGGCGCUGACAGACUUCCAGUUCGUGCUCACCUUGCCCUUCUGGGCCGUGGAGAAUGCGCUCGACUUCAGAUGGCCCUUUGGCAACGCCAUGUGUAAGAUUGUGUCGGUCGUGACGUCCAUGAACAUGUACGCCAGCGUCUUCUUCCUCACCGCCAUGAGCGUAGCGCGCUACUACUCGGUGGCCUCGGCUCUAAAGAGCCACCGGACCCAAGGACAGGGCCGGUGCGAUUGCUGCAGCCAAAGCCUGGGAGACAGCUGCUGCUUCUCGGCCAAAGCCCUGUGCGUGUUCAUCUGGGCUUCAGCCGUGCUAGCCUCGCUGCCCAAUGCCAUCUUCUCCACCACGAUCAAGGUGAUGGGCGACGAGCUGUGCCUGGUACGCUUCCCGGACAAGUUGCUGGGCGGCGACCGGCAGUUCUGGCUGGGCCUGUACCACUCACAGAAGGUGCUGCUGGGUUUCCUGCUGCCUCUGGGCGUCAUCAGCCUGUGCUACCUGCUGCUGGUGCGCUUCAUCUCCGACCGCCGCGUGGUGGGGACCGAAGGAGGGACAGCGGCCAGGGGAGGCCUGACAGGAGCCAGCGCCCGGAGACGGGCCAAGGUCACCAAGUCAGUGACUAUCGUUGUCCUCUCCUUCUUCCUCUGCUGGCUGCCCAACCAGGCGCUCACCACCUGGAGCAUCCUCAUCAAGUUCAAUGCGGUGCCCUUCAGCCAGGAGUACUUCCUGUGCCAGGUGUACGCGUUCCCAGUGAGCGUGUGCUUGGCACACUCCAACAGCUGCCUCAACCCCAUCCUCUACUGUCUGGUGCGCCGUGAAUUCCGCAAGGCGCUCAAGAGCCUGCUGUGGCGCAUCGCGUCGCCUUCGCUCACCAGCAUGCGCCCCUUCACCGCCACCACUAAGCCAGAACCCGAAGACCACGGGCUGCAGGCCCUGGCGCCAGUCCACGCAGCCGCCGAGCCCAACCUGCUGUACUACCCGCCUGGCGUUGUGGUCUACAGUGGGGGGCACUACGACCUGCUGCCCAGCAGCUCCGCCUACUAA